CUGAUUUUUUUUCAAGGAACAACUUUUUGCAAUAGAUUGAAGUUCUGAAUUUUUUUUUAAAAAAGCAUCCAACAUAGCCAAUGAAUUAAGGACAAGAAGGUUUCCAAUCAGCCCCUGCUAUGUGGAUAUUUGUUAGCAAUGACUGAUGUGGAAACUACAUAUGCAGAUUUUAUUGCUUCAGGAAGAACAGGUAGAAGAAAUGCAAUACAUGAUAUCCUGGUUUCCUCGGCAAGUGGCAACAGCAAUGAAUUAGCAUUGAAAUUAGCAGGUCUUGAUAUCAACAAGACAGAAGGUGAAGAAGAUGCACAGCGAAAUUCAAAAGAACAAAGUGGGGAAACCCAGGGAGAAGCAGCAAAAUCCGAAAGCUAACACUUCACUUUGCCCUGUAGCAGCACCUGACAAUGUCUGAAGUCUCCACACCUGGCUGGAAGGCAUUUGUUUCCAAGAGGGAAAAGAGGAGAAAGAGAAUGGCUGUACUGCAUCGCAGGAACCUGCUCAUGACCGUGUUAAAAAUGGGGGCAGAGGCGAUGGCUGCAGACAGAUUUUUCUCUACCUCUGUCAUUAGCAAUGGUUGAAAUCAUGUGGUUUGUGUUUGGAUGCCAUUUUUGCCUGGUUCCUUUCACUUGACCAUAUGAUGAGAAGCUUAUAGAGAGUAGCAUCGACCUAGAUGAUGAUUCUUCCUGUAGUGUCUGGCCCCUCAUAAUGUCAGAGGAUUUAAUUGUGUCUACUUGCAAAGGGUUGGUUGAACCGCAGAGUUUAACUCUCUGGCCUAAGUAUUCACCCAGUAAAAGAACAUCCAGAAAGCACUGUUUUCAGCAUUACGUAUCCGUGUGUUCUUGCUGUGUUCUUUACACUGUUUUUGUAUUGUACAAUAUAGACACUCAGCACUGCCCCCUUCGACUGCUUAUGAGAAACAAAAAAUAUGUACAUUACUGUGAAUUUUUAUACCACUCAUUUUUAAAAGGGCUGGAUUUUUUCCUUCUUCAUAGUGUGGUGGUGUACACAGGAUAGAAUGCACUUUUUAAAAACAAUUUGAUAAAAAUUUGAUCUUUCCCCUGAUCGCUGUAUCUUGAUGAAUUAAGUCCAGCGGGUUCACCAAUCCUCUUGCAUUAGUUUAAAUAUUCAUUAAUGUGAAUAUAAUCUGAAUUCACAUGUUUCACCUGGGGUCUCUGCACAGAUCAGAGAAUUCAGUCUGCAAACAACUUCUCCCCAACUGGACAACUUUCACAACUAAUGUUUUUAUUAGGCGCUAGGGAAGAUGCUAAAUGAAAUAAUUUAAUAAUUAUUUUAUUAUUAUUAAAAUAAUACCAAUGACUAGAAAUAUGCUCUUAUGGAAUCACAUUUUUCACAAAGUUGUAUAUCACUACAUAAAUUAGGAGAUAAUUAUCUCCACAAAACUGCAAGAUAUGGACAAAAUGUUCUUUCUGCAAUCGUGUGGACACCAAUCACAAAAGCUAAGCCCUUGUGUUAUGUUUUUCAUAUCUUUUUCAGUCCUAUCAGAUCCAAAUGUUAUUACAUACUUUUUAAUGUUUGUAAACUUUUACUAAUCGUUGUGAAUUGCAUUCUGAUACAACAAUCAUAAUUAGAAGCUAACAAAAUCCUUAUUAAUACUGUUGAUCACCUCUGCUGUGUUUUCACAUCAUGGUUCCUAUAUGGAAAGUUUCUGUGAGUUGUGUAAUCUCCCUGGUCAGUAUUAUGAAAUCAUUUAUCAGUGGUAAUAAAUAAACAUCCAGUAAUAUGCCAGUGGCUCAUUAAUUACUGGAAAAAUAGGAGGCAACAGGAAGACCUUUUACAAUAAAGAUUCUACUAAACUGUC